GAUACUGAUGGUAUACCUGUGAAGAAGUUGGAACAACUUGCCGAUAGAUCAUCGGAACUUGCCUUUGGAAAGGCUGACAAGGGACCAUACCAGAGCUUCAGGGAAUGCCUGGUAAAGGCCAUGGUGAUUCUGAAUAAGAUCAGCACAGCAAUGCAGGAGGGAGAAUAUGAUGCUAACAUUCCACAAGACAAGAUCCAUCCCCCAGUUGAACGCCGUGCGGUAAAAGUGAAGUCAGAGAUAUGUGAUGCCGAAGGACUUGGUCAUAAACUCGAGAGUAAGGAAAGUGAGAUGAAAGAAAUGAAACGACAAUUCAAACAAAAGCAAGAUGAAGUGAGUACAAGUCAGGUCCGUCUUGGUCUGGUUGAGAAGAAGCUAGAGAACGCAAGCCGUGAUGCUGAGGACAAGGUCCGCAAGGUUGAGCAGAAGCUGUCUUCGGCUCAAGAACAGGCAAAGAAAAAAGAAAAAGAGUUUGAGGCUACCUUAGACCAUAUGCAGGUGGACAUUGAUUCUCUUGAGCAAGAGAAGAGUGAACUCAAGCAGAGGCUGACUCAAAUAUCCAAGCGGACAUUGAUUGACAGCAUUACCAGGACCACACCACAGUCUGGUGUCACUGCUGCUAUGUCAGGAGGGGCUGGGCAAGGUUCUGGUUCACCUGCCGGCCCUGCAGUAGGGUCAGGGGGCGGAGGUCAGGUCAUGGUCAAAGAUUCUCCCAUGUUACUACAACAGAUGGAUACACUACGCUAUGCCCUCAGGCAUGUUAAGCACGAGAACAUUAGAUUGAGAGCUCAUAAAAUGAAGAAUAUCAUGGAUGAGCUUCCCCCACUGAAAGUCCCCAAGAAGCCUGUUGGUAUAGCCAGCCCUACUGGGUUUGUGAAGCUAGAGACUGACGCUUCUGCAGAGAAAGAGGAGGACACCACCGCAUUACCCAGCAAAGAUGUGGCUCAACUUACCAGGAACACUCGCAAACUCAUGCAGGAUUUACACAACCUUGCAGCCUGCCCUUCUGUGGUUGAUAUAAGCCACCGUAAACCAGGCACCUUGCCGGCCCUGGAGAAGGCCACACCCAAGCAUCAGCUGGUUGAUAGGAACUGCCGCAUCCAAGAUAUCAGCAAGAACCUCACUCAGUUGAAAAUUGAGGUGCAGAAGUUGGUGACAUCACAGAAGCCUGGGGCGCAUGUCAAAUCUGCCUUCAGUCAAUUCACUUCAACUGAAUAUUCCAAGGUCCAAGAGGAGAAAGACCAUGCAACCAAUCUCGGUAAAGUCUACAUCCCUCUAGCAACCGGACAACAACCGACGUCUUACUCCCUCAAUCUACAGCCCCAUCAGCUCAAACAGCUCUAUGCUAGGGUCCUAUCAACAUAAAGCAUGUCCAUGUAGUCCCACAUGCUUUAUAUCAUGUGAUGAUUAAUGUAUUUAUGUGUAGUUGUUCAACUACAGUAAUCGAUUCUGUUGCCCACAUGUGCUCACCCCACUUGAAUCGGUGAUUUAAAGCCAAUUCAGUCAUGUUUACAUAGGUAUAUUAUAUGACCCAGCGAUCAUAAAGUUAUGAUUGGGUUAAUUGUGGUUUUUUUUUCAGACUUCCAGAGUUCAUUUCCAAAUCAUUAAGUAUAAGAAAAGAAAAAAAAUAUGAACAAUAUGAGAUUGAAUGAAGCAGACAAAUUUGUGAAGCUUUAUUUCUUUCCGAGAUUAAAUUUCAAACUUCGUCAAUUGAAAAUGUUAUUAUUUUUGUAGUGGAUACAAAAUGAAUUAACGAAUAUAAUCAUUGAGAAGAAAUAACACACAAUUUUGGUUGUGUCACAUUAAAGCUUUUUGCAGAGUUCAUUUAUAGCUGUAAUGAAUUAAGUGAAACAUAUAUGUGUAAGUGUUAUUAUGUAAUCUUGUAGAAAUUAAGAUUAUGAAACAGUAAUAUAUUGAUUGUAAAAUCAAGUGACUACAUACUUUGGUUUGAUGUAAAUGAAAUAGAUAUUCUUUAAUUAAUACCAAUUUGCAAUGCCUGGACUUUGUGAAUUAGAGUUUAUACAACACCACUUAAUCUUUUUGUACACAAUAUAUGUACCAAUGUUAAACAGCAAAUUAAAGAAGAAAAUACUCACUUUUUAAAGGGGUACAAAUACCUUUGAUGAAAUCUUGGAAUAGGCAACAAAAAUAAAAGAUCUUUAAUCGUGAUAUAAUUGAUGGACCUCAUGGUAAUUCAACUAAGGAUCCCUACCCUAUCAAGGCCAUACAACAUGCUUUAUAAUACAGAGCCUGUCUGAUGAUUUAAUACAAAUAAUUUUGCUCAUGCGUAAAUCUGUUGACUUGUGAAUUCUGUAAUUCCCAUAGGUUUUUGCUUAGUAACCUCCAGAUUGUGGUUGGCAGUAGGUUAAAUGCUUCCCAAAGCAAACGUAUAUGUAUCAAAUGUCUUGACCUUAUUUAUUUAGACCAAUUAUGUAAAUAAAAGGAUAGAAAAGCAAUCGUUUUUGCCAUUAGGAGUCAAAGCCGAGUAAUAGACCUUAAGAGAGUUCAUCCCCUCUAUUUGUAAUGCUUUGAGGGACAGAUAUUUCAGUGUGCAAUAUGGCAGUAUCCUAGAAUAUGAGAACUUUUUCAACAUUGUUUAUCGUGUUAGGGAAUAGCGUUCAUGAUUAUAUCUUAUUUCUUUUUACAAAAUUGCUAAGUUUGUUUGUCGUAAUAAAUUUAUAACUUAUAGUAUUUAUUUUUUGAAGGCGAGGUGAGAAGAAUCUCCUGUCAGAACCGUUCAACACAAACCAUAGGAUUGAUCGUUUAAUUAAGCAUUACUGCAGUUCAGAGACAAACCAUGUGUAAAAAGUUACAAUUGUAUAUCUAAAUAUUACCACCCCCGUGAUAAAUUUGCUUACAACUGAAGUUAAACUGACAUCUAUUAUAGUAAUGUUAAAUAUAAGUUGACAUUGUAGAGAUGAAUAGAAUACUUUUAAUGAAUAAAUAGGUAGAACAUCAAUGAAUAAUUUUUAGAUUAUUCAGGUUGGGAACUGUUUUCUCUUUUCUUUUUUUUAUUCAAUAUAUUUCUAAAUAAUAGAAGACUGAAGUGGUAUUUAACCAUCCAGCUUGCCACAAAAGGAUUUUCACAAGAUCUUAAUACAUUUUAUCCCAUAAAAUGCUAUAAUUUCUUUUCAAUGGUAUUUAAAAAUAAAUCAUACCUAUAUUAAUGUAUCUAGCUUAAUGAAAAAAAUAUAUAUAAGAUUGCAUGCUUGUUUGCUUAACGAAUAUGAAAAUAAAACAGCUGUGGUUCAUGUAAUUGAGAAUAAAUUCUUUUCCUUGCUUAAACCAAA